GAUCCCAACUAGGACCAUAUAGCCAUUUGGGAGGGAGAACUCUAUGUUCUUCCCAGCGUGAAUGUAGGGGGCGGAGCCUGAGGCCGACUCCCGGGAGGGCUAGACUUCGCUUUGGAGGGGCGUACGAGUCCCGACUCCUAAGGUUGAUGCGGUGAGGUGCGAGAUCAUUGCGAGGAGGCUGACCUGCAGUGUGACCUGCCAUCUCCUGUUUCCAGAGCGGUGGUCAGCAUCCCGGAGCCUCCCGACCCUAUGACUCAUAGUCACGGGAGUGGAUACUGUAGUCUACAGGGCGACCACUGGGUGGAGAAUGGGGGAGUGUCUAGCCGCAAAGCUUUGAUCUAGGGUGCCCAACGGAUUGCCCGCCUCUCUCCUAGCGGCACUCCUGCUGUAUCUACGAUGGCUCUCCGGACGCUCCUAGAGUUCCCUGAAACAUCUAAGGGGAGGGGAGAUAAGAUGUCCCUCUUCCUACGUUAUGCUUUGAUUUCCUUAGGAUAUAACACCGUAAUUGGGGGUGUGGGCGGGAGAGAACCUGGGAUCCGAGGAAGGUCAAGGCGGAGCCUAAAGCGCUCCGGAAGUGUAGUGCCGAGGCUCGGGCAGCAUGACGACGGAGACCUUCGUGAAGGAUAUCAAGCCCGGGCUCAAGAAUCUGAACCUCAUCUUCAUUGUGCUGGAGACAGGCCGGGUGACCAAGACAAAAGACGGGCACGAGGUUCGGACCUGCAAAGUGGCAGACAAAACAGGCAGCAUCAAUAUCUCUGUCUGGGACGACGUGGGCAACCUGAUCCAGCCUGGAGACAUUAUUCGGCUCACCAAAGGGUACGCUUCAGUGUUCAAAGGUUGUCUGACACUGUACACUGGACGUGGGGGUGAUCUUCAGAAGAUUGGAGAAUUCUGUAUGGUUUAUUCCGAGGUUCCUAACUUCAGUGAGCCAAACCCAGAGUACAGUGCCCAGCAGGCACCCAACAAGACGUUGCAGAACGACAGCAGCCCUACGGCUCCCCAGCCUACCACUGGACCCCCUGCCGUUUCUCCAGCCUCUGAGAACCAGAACGGGAAUGGACUGAGUGCCCCACCAGGCCCUGGUGGUGGCCCGCACCCCCCUCACGCACCCUCGCAUCCCCCCAGCACCCGAAUUACCCGAAGCCAGCCCAACCACACACCUGCCGGCCCUUCGGGCCCAUCCAGCAACCCUGUUAGUAACGGCAAGGAAACCCGGAGGAACAGCAAGAGAUAGCAAGACAUCCUUCCUCCCUUCCCGCCACCUACCAUAGCCCCAGUGUCUCCUAGAGCACACAGCCUUCUACUAGGCUGCUGGCUUUUGGGGGGCUGGGUGUGGGUAGGUAGUAGUAUUUGAGCCACUAAAUUUCACUGGAGGGGUGGUGAACAGUGGCCUUAUCCACCCUAAGCCCAUACUCCCUGCCUUGCCCAGCUGAAGCUGCCUAUCCCCUGGGAUUCAAGGCUCUCUGCCCGCCCUCCUUCCUCUUAGAAACAACAGUCACAGUCUGUUUCUGGUGUGUGUGAUGUGGAAGUCAAAUUGAAUCCCUCCUUCCUAAUAAACGUUACCGCUCUGUA